AUGGAAAACCAGCGGCAGGAAUCAUUUAAGCGGCUGCGUACACCAUGUGUGGAGCUUAGCUCCGCUGGUUUGGCCUUUCGAGGUAAUCACAACUCGGCUGCAGAUGUGACUCGAGCUCUUGAACCAGUUCACUACGUCUUGGAGGAGCUUGAAGGGAAAAAUGCGCUGGACGAGAAGCUUGCUGAAUACGCCUUCUUCCCUCUCUCACAUAUCUUCAAUGAAACACAAAGGCUACCGGCACGCUGCCUUGAGCUAGCAGUAAAAUGUUUACAGAUACUGGUUGCGGAAGGGUGGCGUCAAAAACUAUCGCCAGCAUUGGGCAAGCAAUUGAUUAUAUUGCUGACACUGAUCGUGGGGGGAUCCCCAAACAAGGUUGAUGGCAAAGAACCUCUGAAGAACCAAGCAACAGAGGAGCUCUCAACAGCGGGGUUUGAGUGUCUUCGGGUGAUCUUUGAGGUGCUGGAAGGCACAGUUGCAGAACAGACUAUCUUCCAUGAGAUCGGCACCGCAACUGUAGUCGAUCAAACGGUCUAUCUCCUGUUAGAAGGAAUUGUGGAUGAGAGAUCGGAUGAUCUCUGUGUCGCAGCUGCAAAGGCAUUAAAUGCCCUUUAUACUCGAAUCUCAGACCGUGUGGUACUGGCAAGCAUCAUGCCAAGAACGGUAUCCACGCUAGCCAAAGUGGUGAAACCUACAACACAGACUCGACGGUCAUACAAGUUGCUGGAGAUAUGCUUACAGACUUUGAAUCACCUCCUGCAGGCGGUGCUAAAUGACCAUGUGACUGCUCAGACAGAGAAAGCGAAGCCUUCCCAACCCAAAACCGAUACAUUGGCGUUGGACAAGUCUUGGCUGAAAGCUACAACCACGCAAAUCAAGCUAGCGUUGGUCAACGUGAUCCAGGUCCGGCGCCAUCAGCGACCAGAAGUACAGUCUGCAAUGUUGAAGCUCUGCGUCAUGGUGAUAGAGGACUGCCAAGUCACUCUUAAAGAUGCUGUUCCUUUGAUGGUUGACACGAUCGUGGUUCUAGCCGAUAAAGAAGACGAGUUACCGAACGAGGCCUAUAAAACACUCACUCAUUUUACUACCACAUAUCCAGUGGUGAUAGAUUCUCUCAAGGAAUCACUUCAUAACUGGCUCAUGUCCUUCCCCCGAAUCAUGCAAAGCAACGACGAGACAGCAAAACAAUGGGGAAUUCGGCAGAUCUCGACGGCCUUCCAGGUCUUAUCUCAGGUCCAGUCUGGGUCUGACAUACUUACAAAUAGCCUGGCGUCUGGUCUAUGUGACAGUGUUAGUGCUGUCGUCAAAUUCAGCACAAACGGGCCACAAAUAUUGGCCUCUACUACUCCGGAGAACCUGAACCUGGAUGUCAUUGGAAUUGGGUCUCAAUCGCUAAAAUUCCCUCCGGUACUGCUGGAGCACCAAAGUCAGCAACAAACCUUGAAGGAUUUGCGGUCUAUGAUAACCAGGCUCAACUUAUCCGAAUCUGGAAAUGCGAUAACUCGUUUGAUCAUCAAUCGACUGCAGGCUACGUCAGAUGAAACUGUUGUCGGCCCCUUCUGGUUGGCUUUGACAUCUCUUCGCUCACAGUCACAAUCCAUGGCUGUCUUUGAUGACUUCCUUGCGGAUGACCAAGAUCAGUCCUUGUCUCUUUCAAGGCGUGCGACAAUGAUAGAGGAGCUUUAUUGUAAUUCAUUGAUCAUUUUGACUGAACUGCCAGCGGACGGAUCUGGUGACUGGAGGACACUGGCUCUUGCUUUGGAGGCAGUUGCUCUUCAAGCCCAGCAACUCGGUGAAGCAUUCCGACCCGAGCUUAUGGAUGCCUUAUACCCUACAUUACAACUUCUUGCAUCCAACAACCCGGUUCUCCAACAUCAUUCCAUGACAUGUUUGAACAAUUUGACCAAGGCAUGCAAUUACCCCGACACCAGUACAAUGAUUAUCGAGAACGUGGACUAUCUCGUCAACUCAGUUGCCUUGAAACUCAACACCUUUGAUGUAUCACCUUAUCCACCGCAAGUCCUUUUCAUGAUGGUGAAACUAUGUGGCCCACGGCUCAUUCCCUACUUGGAUGACGUGAUCGAUUCCAUUUUUGGUAUUAUGGAUCUGUACCACGGCUAUCCAAAGCUGGUAGAAAUGCUGUUCAAGUCUUUGGCGGCUAUUGUUGAAGAAGGAGCAAGAAAACCAUCACUGUUGACAAUCGACGAUGGCCGAGAGAGUGGACCUCACGACCACCGCAAGACUCAAUACCAGCACCUCUCAAUUUCCACCAUUGCAGAAAAUAUCCUCGAGAGAAAAGCCAAGAGCGCUAAGCACGAUGAGGAAGAAAUGGAUGCAGAAGGAAACAUCCCUCAUCCUAAGAGACCCUGGUCCGAAACAUACGACAAACCUCCACCAGAGCCUGAAACCAUUGAAGAACUCCUAAACCAAGCCGAAUCCGAUGAACCACUCCCACCACCGAAAGAGCCAGAGGACAGCGAGAAACCACUGAGCAAAACCCAUUCACUCCUGCUACACAUCGUCAAAUCCAUCCCAUCCCACCUCUCGUCACCAUCCCCCUAUCUCCGACGCUCCCUCCUCACAAUCCUCAUCAACGUCCUCCCAGCCUUAUCCCAAAACGAAAACAGUUUCCUCCCUCUAAUAAACGAUCUCUGGCCUUCAGUAGCCUCAAGAGUCAUCUUCCCUUCAUCCCUUGGCUCAGACUCAAACAGUUUAAUUACCCAAUCCUCCACCCCCAAUCAACCAGAUACCCACACGUUCCAAGAAGAAACCUUCGUCAUAACAACAGCCUGCCAAGCCAUUGAAGCCAUCUGCAAAGGCGCAGGAGACUUCAUGGCCUCCAGAAUCGAACCAGAAUUCCCCCGCUGGGAACGUGUCUACCAGCGCGUGUGGACAAAAGUCCGACAAGACGCCGAAGCAGCAAACGAACGCCGUGCUCGCCAAGAGCGGUUGGAACAGAAAGCACGUUCAAAUACUCCGCUCAUCCAGUCCGUGGAAACACCAGAGUUCAACCUGUCGCUCACAUCCUCCCUUGCACUAUCACCUCUGACCGGAUCCAAAGUCUUCACGCCGCAUCAUACACUCUGGCGUGCAUUGAUUUCACUAUUCCUCACUGUCCUUAAUCAUGUCCGUCUUCCACUCGAUAUCGGAGAUCGGAUCUGCGAGAUUCUGGGUGCAUGGAUUAGCUUGUUUGUUGGUCCGGAGUACUAUUUCCAUUCUGGGUUGGAUGGGCUUUCCGGUGAUGAAGCGCAGAGGAGUAUGCUUGGGUCUGUUGAUGAUGCUAUUCGAGCUAUGGAGACUUGGAAUGCGGAUUUGACUUGGUUCAUCUUUGAGAGGCAGCGAAAAGACCUGCAAGGUUCUUCUUCUGGAGUGGUGGAAAUCAAGGAAAAUGAUGUCUUGGAGAUUGAUGGAGUGGUACUACAGUUUGCGAAGGUUGCAUUCUAA